GCCAGCAAGCUGAGUGUUAUCAUUUACACGGAAGAGUUUGUCGCAUAUAAACAUUGCGGACUUUAUCAGUGUAUUCCGGAGUUAAUCAGCCAAGGAGCCAGGGAUCAACCAGCCAACUAUUCGCCGCCCCACGCAUGUGUCUGUAUUUGGGAGUCGUGGAGCACCUGGUGGAUGUGGUGGCCUAUUGCAUGUGCCGCGUCCUGGAGCUGUCCCUCUUCACCUGCAUGAUGGUCUGCGGAUCCCUCAAGUCCAAGCUGACCAAUGGGCCCUCCAAUGAGCUGGAGCAAUGACCGGGCCACUACUAUGAGAGUUGCUAAAGGAUGUGACGGCCAAAAGGAUUAAUGCGUGUGUGUGUGUGUGCGCUGGUAUUUGUGUUCGACUAAAAUUUAAUAUAGGCAAACUUUUCUAGUGGCGA